UGGAGUUGAGUUCUAUAAUUAUAAAAUACGCAGCUAUGAUCAGUAGUUUUUAGAUUUCCUGCUAACCUGCACAUUUCUCUCGACCUUAGUAGCGAGUUGUUCAAUAAAUAAAAAUGUCAACUUUCUCUUCACUCGGCCUCUCCGACUGGUUGGUCGAACAGUGUAAACAACUGGGCAUCACUCGACCAACUCCAGUCCAGGAGAAUUGCAUGCCAGCGAUUUUGGAAGGUCGAGACUGUAUGGGAUGCGCUAAAACGGGGAGCGGAAAAACGGCAGCGUUUGUUCUCCCGGUGCUCCAAAGACUGUCCGAGGAUCCAUACGGCAUCUUCUGCGUCGUGCUCACACCCACCAGAGAGCUGGCAUUCCAGAUAGCUGAACAGUUUCGGGUUUUGGGGAAACCUCUGGGUCUGAGGGAUUGCCUCAUCGUUGGAGGAAUGGAUAUGGUUACGCAAGCUCUGGAGUUGUCAAAGAAGCCACACGUUGUCGUGGCAACGCCAGGGAGGCUGGCCGACCACAUACGGAGUUCAGACACCAUUGACAUGAAGAGGAUCCAGUUUCUGAUUCUGGAUGAGGCUGAUCGUUUGCUGGAGCAGGGCUGUACUGAUUUCACUAAAGACCUGGAGGUCAUCCUCAGUGUGGUUCCCGCCAAACGACAGACGCUGCUGUUCAGCGCCACGCUCACGGACACACUACAGGAACUCAAGAGCAUAGCCAUGAACAAACCGUUCUUCUGGGAGAACAAAUCUGAAGUUCGAACUGUGGAUGAAUUAGACCAGAGAUAUAUUCUCACGCCCGAGAAAGUAAAAGAUGCUUACCUGGUUCAUCUAAUCCAAAAAUUCCAAGACGAACAUGACGACUGGUCCAUAAUAAUCUUCACCAGCACGUGCAAGAAUUGUCAGGUCCUUACCAUGAUGCUCCGUGAAUUCAACUUUCCCACAAUCUCACUGCAUUCCAUGAUGAAGCAGAGGCAGCGUUUUGCCAACCUCGCCAAGUUCAAGUCAAACGUCUUCAAAAUUCUCAUUGCCACAGAUGUUGCUGCCAGGGGUUUGGAUAUUCCGACUGUACAAGUUGUCAUCAAUCACAACACACCUGGUUUGCCCAAAAUCUACAUUCACAGAGUUGGCAGGACAGCCAGGGCAGGACGCCACGGAGUGUCAAUCACACUGGUUACGCAGUAUGACAUUCAUCUGGUCAACGCUAUAGAAGAGCAGAUCCAGACUAAACUGAAGGAGUAUCCGGUCGAAGAGAAGGACGUGUUGAAAAUACUCACCCAAGUCAACGUGACCAGGAGAGAGUGUGAAAUUAAGUUAGAGUCAACGGAUUUUGACGAGAAAAAGGAGAUCAACAAAAAGAAACAGAUGAUUCUGGAAGGAAAGGAUCCUGAGUUUGAGGAGAAGAGAAAGAAGGAGCUGGAGAAGAUAAAGAGAGAGAAAAAGAAAUUCAAAGGGAAAAUUCAGGAGGCCAUGAAGAAGAAAAAAAGAAAGACGAUGAAAAGGAGACUGGAGGGGAAGAAACAGAGUCAAACGCCAACGUGAAAAUAACAAAAUAAAAGACUUCAGACUGCUUAUGGUCAUAUUUUUGUAAAAGACAAUUCUGUCCUUUGGAAGAUCGUUAAUAUCUCAUAUAGAGCUUGUACAUAAAAUAAAUCACUCAAAAACUGUAAUAAAAAUGAGGUGAUGCCAUGCCGUUAUUCUUAAACUGCCAUAAAAACAAGCCUUUCAGUUGGAAAAUGAAUGACAGAUUAAUUCAUUGUGUCAGAUUAUGGUGAGGGUGAACAGCUCAGUCUGAACCUGAUCUGCAAAACUAACCAUUCAAUUAUGAAGUAAAAGUAACUGCAUGGGUGCUCUGUCCACUCUUAUUUUAAUUUUGUUAACUGCUUAGCACAAGAGACAAUAUGUCCAUAGGGACUCUCCAGUUCAACAGUUAAGGCUUUUGUCUUUAAAAUUCAGAUAUUGGCUAUGCCGUGUGAUA